AUGAAGGAGGUUAAUGAGGCUUUAGAUACUAAUGAGCAUGUUGUUUCGCUUGGAGAUUGUGAAGCUGUAGUUGAUGAAGAAGAAGAAGAUUCAGAGUUUGUGGAUAGUGAUUAUGAGUUUAGUGAAGAUGAGGAGGCAAACAAAGGUUGUAAUGCAGACAUCAAUAUGCCUUGUGAUGAAGAAGUGAAUGUUGAGACUGAAACACAAGGGGCCAGGAGAGAUUUCUAA